CCGCAGGUCGCCCAGCCCUCCACCUUCAAGCGGUUCGUCGAGGUCGGCCGUGUCGUUCUUGUCAACGACGGGCCUUCCGCCGGCAAGCUCGCCGUCAUCGCCGAGAUCAUUGACCACAACCGGGCCCUGAUCGACGGCCCCAACACCUCCGUACCCCGUCAACAAAUCGCCUACCGCAACCUCAUCCUUACCCCCUACACCAUCUCGAAACUCCCCCGGGGUGCCGGAAGCGGCGCCAUCAAGCGCGCGGUCGAGAAGGCUGGCGUGCUCGAGAAGUGGGAGCAGAGCGGUUGGGCCAAGAAGCUUGCGGCGAGGCAGACGAGGAAGAACGCUUCCGACUUUGACCGCUUCAAGAUCAUGCUCGCCAAGAAGUCGCGUCGGGAUCUCGUCAGGAAGGCGUACGUGAAGGAGAAGAAGUCGGCUGCUUAG